AUGACUUUCCUCGAGCAAGCCAAGGCCAUUAUUUCUUUGAGGAGUGGGAAGACCGUGGACAAUGCUCAAGUGGAGCCGCCGGUAAUGCCAAUCUUACUACCGUUUUCGACACCAUUGAAGCCGACAACACCAAAUGGGGAAUCUCCCAAACCAACUCCUACGGAAGAAGAGAAGGGAAAAGCCAAGGAAGUUGGUGUUCCACAAGCUUUCACCAUUCUCGCUCCAUAUCCUAACCGACUAAAGACGCCGGCCAAGCCAAAUCUGAAUACUGAUAUCUAUGAUGUGCUUAAGCAAGUGACCGUCAAUCUUCCAUUGCUCGAUGCUAUCAACCAGAUUUCAUCCUAUGCUAAAUUUUUGAAGGACUUGUGUACUCAUAAACGCAAGCUCCAAGUGCAAAAGAAGGUGUUCUUAAUCGAGCAAGUGAGCUCACUCUUUCAGUCAACCCUUCCUCCCAAGUAUAAUGAUCCGGGGUGUCCAACGAUAUCCUUCACCAUUGGGGGUAAAGUUGUUGAAAAAGCUCUUCUUGAUUUGGGCAUGAGUGUCAAUCUAUUGCCGUUUUCGGUAUAUGAACAACUUGGGUUGGGAGAAAUAAAGCCAACUCGGGUGACUUUACAAUUGGUGGAUUGGAGUAUCCGAGUUCCUAAGGGGAUGGUUGAAGAUGUGCUUGUUCAAGCUGACCAAUUCGUGUAUCCGAUUGACUUUGUGGUUCUGGAUACGUGUCCAGUGCCGGCGGCUUAA